GUGAUUUGAUGCAUCUGUGUUGCUUGUUGGCCAUCAAAAAGUAUGUAAAGCUGAAUGUCGUUCGAUUUGUUUGAAUGUUAGAGGGGGUGGGGGGUGCCUUUUGGGGGGAGGGUCCUGCUUUUUACUGUUAACUAGCCUGUGUUGGAGUCACGAAACUCAGUGCAUUGAGAGAUGAUUACGUGAUGAGCUAAAAAUCUUUCUGUACCGGAAUUUCAUUCGAGAGAUGAUGCUUAUUAAGGAUAGUUUGAUUGGAUGGUCCACUGAAUUGUCUUGGAAUCUGGCAAGGAAUUGCAACUGCCAACUUUUUUUUUUCCCUUAUCACGUUGUCAUACAUCCUUGGAACAGGCUAAUGCUUUGCUGGUGGCGUGGGUAACAUUAACAACUCAACUCAACUCAGUUAAUUACCCUGUUGUUCUACUCAACGUCCUCUCAUUCGUAUUAAAGCCAAGCCUUGCACGAGACAUGUCCAACUCCAACCCAACCAAAGUGGUUUAUCCCAAAAUGUGGAAAGGCAGGCAGAGAUAAGUUCUGUCCACAAGCUGUUGCUAUCCUGUGGUAGAUUUGAUGACAUGUUUGCAUCCUUAACAAGCCUUUUGCAAAAUAUUGCCUCUGGAUUUCGUAUUAGAUUUGGAAAAGAAGUCUCCUCUCAGAGUGUACCAUCUACCAGACAGGCAAAAACUAAGUUAUCUGUGAAAACCUCAGCGAAUAACGCCAGCAGAAAAAAAAUCUUCUAGUUCUGAUACUUACAAUUUUGAGGAAGAUUGCCUUAUUGCUGCGGGAGUGGCAUGGCAGAUAAAAGACUUGCUCAUGUCUGUAGAUACACAAAAUGCCAUGCUAAAGUCCAAGACAUUGGAACUGCCAUUUUCAGCUUUGAAGAUCAUCUCUGAGGUUAUUAUUGAACAAUGCAUGUGUUAUGAUUUCCUGGAAACAUCACCAGUUCUUGCAUACGCAGCUCUUGCCAUGAACAUGACUUUUCAAAAAAUUGGUUUAACUAAUAAAACCAGUCCUGAUGAAAACAAGAACAACAGGUUGGAUACUACAUCGUUGGAGCUGACAGAGUUGGAUCAGUCAGUGAAUCAUCUGCUCAAUUGUGCAGAGAAGCUAAUUGAUGCAAGGCCCAUUGGAGAAACUAGCUCACUGCCUUUAAAUUCUAAGAAAGGAUCCAGUUUAUCCGAACAAAGGAAGAUAUCAAAUAUGUUGAAAAUGGUUACCACAGUUCUCAAGUCUAUUGUUGAUGCUAUGGCCAUACAUGUCGGUUCUCACAAUCAAGAAAGGUGCUUGUGGUUCACUUCAGUAUUUGUUCAACAUGUCAUCUCAACUCUAAGGAAGCAUUCCCAUGAUAAACUACAAUUCAAAGAAGACGAGUUGAAAGAAGUGUUCUCUUGCCUCAGGAGUUCCUUCACCUAUGCAAUAAAGUUGCUAAAUAUAGUUCUCACAAAUUGCAAUGACUCUUCACCACCACCACUGGAGGUCUCUGGUCUUGCGAAUAACAUGCUUGAUUUGAUUGCCUCAACUGAAUCAUACGUGGGUUUGGGCCAUGCCACACGCCUUGUUUCUACAGUGAAGCCAUGGAUACCUGAUAUAAUAUUAGCAUUAGGAUAUGACCACGUUAUGAUAAGGACUCCACAAGGAGGAGGUUGUUCCAGUGCAUCUGAUCACAUUUGAGCAACGUUUCCCAUCAUGGCUCACAAUUUUGGGUAAGGUUGAGCUCUAUGAAAUAAUUGACUUUAACCAAGAUGAGGAGACUGAAAGUUCAUGAACCAGAGGAUUUUGUGGUUUUCAAGGAACUAAUGGAAAAGGUAGCUCUACUUAUGAGAGAAAAUCCAAAAGUACUAGAUGCUGUUGGGGUUAUAUUCUUGACUGGUUCAGCAGUUGGGCUUGAAAGGAAGGAUUUUGGGUUGGUUCUGGGAUUGGUGCAUUUUGUUUGUAUUAAAUUGGCCAGAAUAGACCAUGGAGAGUGGGAAGAACUGGGGCUCAUGUUGGCUUGUCUGAAAGUGCUUUACCCCCAAAUAGAUGCUUACAUUAGGAAUCCGAGAAUAAAUGAGGAUGAGAGGCAGCAAUUAGAGAGUACAAUGAGGUUACUUGAACCUGUUUGGAGGAAUUAUAUUUAUGAAGAUGAUGAUGGGUGCAUGGCGGAAGAUUAGAUGCUAACUUCACGGAGCCCUGUUUGUUAAUCAGUAAGUUCUCGUAGUAUGAAAUAUAGAAGGAAAGUCCUAUUUAUUUGUAUCUAUUUUUGAAUAGGUCAGGUAAAAUUGUAUUACUAUCAAAAGGAGGAUUUAAGACCCAUAUAUAAGAGAUUUACAAGAUAUUCAGUAUA